CCUCUCUCCCAGACUCCAUAAGGAUUAUGGGGCAAUGGAAGCAACUGAGGGCUGUCGGCUCCCCGUACAGCUCAAAACUGUUGAUGGAGAUUGGCAUAUGGCAGAGAUUUUGUCAAAGAAGGAGGUUGGGGGGAAAACGAUAUACUACGUUCAUUACGAAGAUUACAACAAACGUUUGGAUGAAUGGGUCACGGAAAAUCGAAUGAAUUUCCGAAAGAUGGAGCCACCAAAAAAGGACAUAAAGACACCAAGUAAAGACCCCAAGGCGAUGAAUGGGUCGAGGCCUUCUUCUCCUGAGAGAGAAAUGGCUCCGGUUGGCCUCGGCUUUGGGACUAUAGGUGGUGGCGGUGGUGCUGGCAGUGGUCCAAGCAGUAUUUUCUCAAGUCAGAAGUCUGCCAGUGUCACAGAUCCAAUGAAUGGCAUCCCAGUUAAGAAAAUGCCGACAGCUGGCCGGAAAAGGAAGAACCAAGAUGAUAGUCUCAGCCAACAGAAUGAUUCGCAGUGUACAUCAUACACCUCACUAAGUCUUACAGAAUCUGAACUGCCAAAGAAACCUCGCCAAACUGGAAGUAUGGUUGCUCAUCAUGAUGACGUAGUCACGCGAAUGAAAAAUAUAGAGCUGAUAGAAAUAGGAAAGCAUAGAAUACGCCCAUGGUACUUCUCCCCUUACCCUCAGGAAUUAACCCAAGUGACUUGUGUCUACCUCUGUGAAUACUGCCUCAAGUACAUGAAAAGUUAUAAGUGCCUCGAGCGACAUCUAGCCAAGUGUUAUCUGAAACAUCCUCCAGGGAAUGAGAUCUACAGGAAAGCCAACAUAUCAUUCUUCGAAAUCGAUGGGAGGAAAAACAAAGCGUAUGCUCAGAAUCUCUGUCUUCUUGCCAAGUUAUUCUUAGACCACAAAACACUAUAUUACGAUACGGAUCCAUUCCUGUUUUAUGUGAUGUGUGAAAUGGACGUGGUGGGCUACCACAUCGUUGGCUACUUUUCCAAGGAGAAAGAGUCUACUGAAGAUUACAACGUAGCGUGCAUCCUGACGUUGCCUCCAUAUCAGAGAAUGGGCUAUGGCAAACUGCUCAUUGAGUUUAGUUAUGAGCUGUCGAAAUGCGAAGGAAAAACGGGUUCUCCUGAGAAACCACUAUCUGAUUUGGGUUUGCUCUCAUACAGAAGUUAUUGGUCUCAGACAAUAUUAGACAUCCUGAUGAAUCUUAGGGUUGGGGAAAAUGGUGAGCGGCCUGCCAUAACUAUCAAUGAAAUCUCAGAAAUGACCAGUAUUAAAAAAGAGGACACGAUCUCAACUCUCCAACACUUGAACCUCAUAAACUAUUACAAAGGACAAUACAUUAUAACAUUAUCACAAGAGGCUAAGGAAAUGCAUGCUAAAGCCAUGGCCAAAAGGAAAGUGCGCAUUGAUCCAAAGGCUUUACAUUGGCAGCCAAAAGAUUGGAGCAAACGAGGAAAGUGGUAGGAGUUGUGAUGUCAGUGAUAUUCGUGGACACUAAGGGACAGUUCUAAGGACUAUGAAUUUCAUAUGCUUCCGUCUGUGCAUGUGGUAGAAGCUGUUUUAGUGAAAGGGGCCAAAGUACAGCUAUUUGUCUCAUCUUGGGCCAAACAUGAUAAGGGAGGGGAUGAACAUAAGUGUGGUAGUUUCCUUGUUCGGUUUUUGAUCAGUGUUGAUUGUUCAUGACUGUAUCUCUGCUUCUCUAGCUUGCAGACACUGCGAGUAGUUUGAACAGUGUGUGAAAGUUGCAGCUUGCUGUAUUGCAAACCUACAUGUUCAAUUGAUCUGCACAUUCAGGGAUUUUUGUAAUAGGAUUUUGUGAGGUUUAUUGUUGUACUGGUUAGUGACACUUUUCAAAUUCUGCAUCAGUAGAGCAGUGGCCAAUUGCUUGGUUGCGAUUUGGGUAGAGGCCUGGUCAAUUUUGGUUUAUGAAUGGAUAAAAUAUUUGAGAAUUUAAGAUGAAGUUUUUUGUUUGGGAUUCUUGUCUUUGUUUUUUUUACCUCAAGUCAGAUCAAAUGAGAUUGCUUUACCAUUAUUAGUGGUGGAAAAUCUUUUUUAAUAAAAAUUAAAAAUCGUUCUUUAA